UUCUUCCUUAAAACCCUUAUCACCGCUAUUACCCUUAUAAUCGCUAAACGACUUUUAAGAGCAAUAAUCCCCGUUACGACUCGGAAUUUUGAAAGUGACAAAAAUAUACGCAAAAGAGCUCAUAUAAAAAAUUAUUAUUAUAAUGAUUAUCAUAAAAGAAUUAAUGAUGAUAAUAUUGAGAUAACUCCUCGAAGUACUCCAAACGAGAAUCCAAGUGCUGGAAUGUCUGGACUAUUUACAGCUCUUCUUUUAAAAGAGGCUGGUAUUAAAGACGUUGCCAUUCUUGAAUAUCAAGAUCGUGUUGGUGGGCGUGUUCAUACUCACUAUUUUACUGAUGACCCGAAUGAUGAAAGGCGGUUAUACGGAGAACUUGGCGCAAUGAGAUUGCCUUAUGUUGAUGGCCGUCCAGACCUCUCUGUACAUCAGCUAAUUUUUGAUACUAUUGAUCAUUUGAACGAUUAUAAUAAAGCAGACGACCCAGAUAAGGAAAUUAAGACCAUUCCUUUCAUAUAUAGCAAUCCAAAUGCUUUAUAUUAUUUUAAUAAUAAGAAGGCCCCGGAUGAUAAAAUGAUGACCAAAAAUUACUCUUCAACUGCUAAAGUUACUCAGUUAGGUUUUCCUGAUUCGCUCCCAGAUGAUUAUACAAAGUUAUGGCCUGAGGCAUUAGUACCUUUCUUUGAAGAGCUGGGAAAAGACUUCACAAAAGGUCUUGAAGCUUUAAAACGUUAUGACCAAUAUAGUGCUUACUCUUAUUUAAAUGAAGUUUUUCUUCCUAAAAAAUUACCAACAAAACAAAAGGAUUAUGAUGAAAUUAUCAGAGCUAUUGAAAUGAACGAAGUGGGCAUAGGCAUAGUUCAUUGGAAAACUGAAGGAAAAAAAGAUUCUGAAGUUUUUGAUAGAGUUGUUGUUACUGCUCCUUUGGGUUGUAUUCGUCAUUGGGAUUUACCUCCAACAUUAUCAUAUAAGAAGAGACGUGCAUUACGUGAAUUAGAUUAUGUUAACGCUGCAAAAAUAUUUCUGCAGUUUAAAAGUCGUUUCUGGGAAAAAUCUCCUCUUGAAACUGGUGGUUUGCAGACGACCACCAAUAUGGGAAUUGUUGGUGGAACUUCGUCAACUGACCUUCCUAUUCGUACUAUUGUCUACCCUUCAUAUUAUCAAGGCCUACCUACUAAUGGAUCUGGUGUCUUAUUGGCUUCCUAUACAUGGGCUAACGAUGCUGCAAAAUUUUCUCCGUUUACUGAGGAAGAACGUUUUGAACUUGCUUUAAAAGAUUUAGAGACUAUUCAUGGGAAAAUAGUGAGAGAAGAAUGGGUUUCUGGUAACGAGAAUAAUAAAGCUCAUUAUUGGACAAAUGAUAAAACUGUUGUUGGAGGGUCUUAUGCUAAGUAUGGAGCUGGACAACUGGAAUUUGUGAUGGGAGCAAUGAUGAGAUCGGAAGAUUUUAUACAUUGGGCAGGUGAACAUACAGAUAUACAUAAUGCUUGGAUCGUUGGUGCCUUGAACUCUGCUGUUAGAGUAGUUAAAGAAAUAUUGCAAGAAAAUUUGAUGAAUGAUAAAUGGUUAAAAUUGAGAGAUAUGAGAUUAUUAAAGUAUUGGAAUGGAAAUCUCGACGCUUAUGAAGGAUACUAUUUAUUAGAGUAUGAUGUGUGUCUUAAGAUUUUUCAUAAUAAUUUUUUUGUUGAAGCAAUAAAGUAA